CGCCCCAGCAUGGCCGCUGUGCCCAGCCCCUAUUGAGGAGGCGCUGGGACUCUGCCAGCCCAGAGCCGUCGCUCCGCUCGGCCCCGCUCCCAGGCAGGCUCCGGCUCGACGAUCCCUCCCCAGGGCCAUGGCUGAGUGGGCGCCCGAGCAGGCUCUUGAAUGGGACAUGGAGUCCCAGGACCUGUCACUUGAACAGCCUCUUGCUGUCCCCGAACCAACUUCUAUGGAAGAAGCAGAUCUUCAGACGGCAGAGAUUUCCCUUACGGUUGUGGCGGAAAUCCAAGCUGUGGACAGGAAGGUUGAGGUUCAGGCAGCACAACUGAUGAAUCUGGAGGGAAGAAUGAGGAUGGCAGAAACGAAACUAGUCGGUUGUGAGAAGACAGCGGUGGAGUUUGGGAACCAGCUGGAGAGUAAGUGGACUGCACUGGGAACUCUGAUCCAGGAGUACGGGCAACUGCAGAGGAGGCUGGAGAACAUGGAGAACCUGCUGAAGAACAGGAACUUCUGGAUCCUGAGACUCCCCCCUGGUGCCAAUGGAGAAGUCCCCAAGGUGCCAGUGACGUUUGAUGAUGUUUCUGUCUACUUCUCUGAGCAGGAGUGGGGGAAGUUGGACGAUUGGCAGAAAGACCUUUACAAAAACCUGAUGAAAGGCAACUAUGAAUCAUUGAUCUCACUGGACUACGCCAUCUCCAAACCUGACCUUCUGUCCAGGAUUGAACGGGGGGAGGAGCCAUGUGGGGGGGCUCAGGAGGACUCUGAGGAGAGCGCGAUCCCGAUGGAGUCUAGCACAGAAUUGCUGAGCCUUACUCAUGACACUGUAUCAUGGGUAAAACAAGAAGACCUGUACAUCAGGGAUCAGUGGGACUCAGAAGAGAGAGAGAUCUCUACAGAGCCCAGCACAGCAGACGACAAGGUUGUAGUCAAAGCUGAGGAGGGAAUCCCAGUGAGCCUGGAGCUGUACAGCAUGUUGCCUGGACGACCAGAAGAGACUGUUUUCCAGUACCCUGAGCAGGAACUGAUCUGUGACGAUCAGGGCAACGUCAGCAUCCAGGGAGAAUACCCUGAUGGGAACAGUCUGGGGGACUCGGCUGCAGGCGAGAGAGACUUCAGUAACUUCACCACAAUCAUUGUCCAAGAGGAGAGCCUCCCAGGAGAGGCACCGUACGUCUGUUCUGAAUGUGGGAAAAGCUUCCUCUACGAGCAGCAGUGCGUACUGCACCAGAGGAUCCAUGGCGAAGCCCACACACCUCCUGAGCACAGGGAGAACUUCAAGCAAAACCACAGUCUCAAAUCCUGCCCACAGAUCCAGCGAGGGGAGAGACUUUAUAACUGCCCUGAGUGUGAGCGGAGCUUCUCUCACAAGUCGAGCCUCAGCAAACAUCAGCUCUCCCACACAGGGGACCGGCCAUACACCUGUGCUGAGUGCAAGAAGAGCUUCCAGCUGAAGAUUAACCUCAUGAUACACCAGAGGAGUCAUGCGGGGAAGAGCAGGGGCUUGUAUAUCUGCAACGAAUGUGGGAGGGGCUUUAACCACCAUUCGAACUUCAUUAGGCACCAGAUGAUCCACACUGGGGAGAGACCCUAUGGCUGCACCGAGUGUGGGAAAACCUUCAUGCGGAAGGAGCAUCUCCUCACCCACCGGCGCCUGCAUACGGGAGAGCGGCCCUACCAGUGCACCGAGUGCCGGAAGAGCUUCACCCGCAAGCAGCACCUGGUGGGACACCAACGCAUCCACACUGGGGAGAAACUCUGGGGGACGCUGGCAGCACAGAGACGCUUGCACGAGCUGCCGGGCAAAGCGCACAGGGGAGAGCCUGUGUCUCUGCACUUGCUGCAAAAGGAGUUCCCCCCGGGUUUGUUGAGCUACUCGGGGAGAGACCCCCCUGCGCCCGCGAGUCAGACCCAUUGCUGCCGCAGAGAGCGGAGCCCCCGGGCGCAUCGGCCCCUCUUCGCCGCCUCAGGCCUGCGCUGCCUCAGCCAGCGGGGCCGGCCCGUGGCGAGGCGGCGCCGGGACUCUGCCCAGCCCGGAGCGGGAGCGGAGCUCGGGGUCGGCCGGGCCGGGCCUGGCCCCCUGGGGAUCCAGCCGCGCGGCUCGUUCCCGGAGCGGGGCGAGUCUCGUCGUGACUUCCCCGGGUCCCCGCGGAGCAGCCUCGCCCGAUCCGAGCUCCGGCUGCGCCUGGGCCGGGAACAAAGGGCCAUGGCCGAGCGGGCCGCUGCCCAGGGUGCAGAACUGGAUGCAGUGACACAGUGCCCAUCUCCUUUACCACCUCCCAUUGUCCCUGAACGAACCUCUGAAAGAGAAACUCAGACUGCAGAGAUUUCCCUGACUGUUGUGGCAGCAAUUCAAGCCGUAGAGAGAAAAGUGGAUUCUCAUGCCACACGGUUGUUGGAUCUGGAGGGGAGAACUGGGAUGGCUGAGAAGAAAUUAAUAGACUGUGAGAAAACAGCAGUGGAGCUUGGCAACCAGUUGGAGAGUAAAUGUGCUGCACUGGGAACUCUGAUCCAGGAGUACGGGCUGCUGCAGAAGAGGUUGGAGAACAUGGAAAACCUGCUGAAGAACAGGAACUUCUGGAUCCUGAGACUUCCCCCAGGCACUAAUGGAGAAGUCCCUAAGGUGCCCGUGACAUUUGAUGACGUCUCAGUCUAUUUCAAUGAGAAGGAGUGGGAGAAACUAGACGAAUGGCAGAAGGAACUGUACAAGAAUGUGAUGAAGGGCAAUUAUGAAUCUUUGAUCUCCUUGGACUCUGCAAUUUCCAAACCUGGUGUUUUGUCACAUACCGAACAAGGAGUAGAGUCACGGGUCAGAGGGCAGCAGGACUCAGAUGAGGAGAGAGAGAUCCUUACUGACCCCAGUGCAGCAGGUAUAAGGGUCGUGAUCAAAACAGAGGAGAUUCAUCCUGAGGACUGCCCUGAAAACCUGGAGCUGGACAGAAUGUUGGAACGAUCAGAAGGAAGUUUCCAGAAUCCAGACCAGGAAGUAGCCCAUGGUAGUCCGUAUGGCUCAGUAACGCCUCCGAGAAACCCCUCAGGGAACUGUCUGGAUGAGUCCACCGAAUAUAAAACAGAUUUCAGCGAAAUCAGAAGAGUCAUUGUUCAGCAGGGUAACUGCACAGAUGACGGGAUUGUGAUCAAAACUGAGGAGGAGGAUGAUCCUGACACCUUGGAGCCAUAUGCCAUGUUCUCAGGCAGAGCAGAGCAGCAGAUUUUCCAGAAUCAUGAGCAGGGGACAACUUGUGAGGCUCAGUGCAGUUCCAAAAUGCAGCAGAGAAUUCCAGUCGGAAACAGGCCAGGGCAAUCUACUCCCUGUGGAAGAGACGCCAGUGAAACGAAGACAGUCAUCGUCCACCAGAGAAACCGCACCAGGGAAAGACCUUAUAUCUGCCCUGAGUGUGGGAAAAGCUUCAUGCUGAAGAUCAACUUUAUAAUCCACCAGAGGAACCAUCUCAAAGAGGGGCCCUACGAAUGUAAUGAGUGCGACUUAAGCUUCAGGAUCAAGCAGCAGUUUAUCCUGCACCAGCGCAGCCACACACGACGGGGAGUCGGCCCGGCCCGGCGUGUGGAGAACUUCAGAGACAAGCACAGCCUCAAGCCAGAGCAGAGAACGCCACCGGCAGGGAAACCCUAUAAGUGCACAGAGUGUGAGAGCAGCUUCAGCCACAAGUCAAGCCUCAGCAAACACCAGAUCACACAUGUGGGGGAGCGGCCAUACACGUGCAGUGAGUGCAGGAAGAGCUUCCGGCUGCAGAUCAGCCUGAUAAUGCACCAGAGGAUCCACACUGGGAAGAGCGAGAUGUCCUUCAUAUGCCCUCAGUGUGGAAAAAACUUUAGUCGCCCCUCCCAUCUCCUCAGGCACCAGAGGACUCACACGGGGGAGCGGCCCUAUAAAUGCACCCAGUGCGAGAAAACCUUCAGUGAGAAGUCUAAGCUUACCAACCACUACCGCAUCCACACGCGGGAGCGGCCGCAUGCCUGCACUGAGUGCGGCAAAGGCUUUAUCCGCAAGCACCACCUGCUAGAGCACCAGCGCAUCCACACUGGGGAGCGACCCUACCACUGCACUGAGUGCGGCAAGAACUUCACUCAGAAGCACCACCUGCUGGAGCACCAGCGGGCUCACACCGGCGAGAGGCCCUACCCCUGCACUGAGUGCACGAAGUGCUUCCGGUAUAAACAGUCCCUUAAGUACCACUUGAGGACGCACACGGGGGAGUAGGAGCCAAUGGGAGCUGCAUCUCACCGGGGCAUUUGAGUCAGGAGUCUUUGUGGAAGGAAGCAGUGGUGCAACAGUGUGUAGGGACUGAUAUUUUGUUGUAAAACAAAGCAAGUAAUAUGCAGCAAAAUUUAAAAGACCAGAAAAAGCUAAUUUAGGGUAAAUAUUCAUCAUAAUGUACAGGAUAUUUUGCUGAAGUAGGACUAACUGCUUUUUAAAUCUAUUCCUUUUGAUAAUAAAUGUGAAGUAACUUUUAUUUGAUAAGCAAAUUUAAGAUUUCAGUUUUUUUAAAUAUAUAAUAUCACACUGUACAUCGUUCCUUUUAAUCUGGAAAAUCCCGGAGUGGUUUACAUGCCUUCUACAGGGAUUGUGUCACCUGCUGCUGAGAUGCAGCUGCCCCAGGGUGGAACAUGGCAUCUCUUUAACAGUGCACAGCAAUGGUAUGUGCGCCAAUCCCGGUUGAGGUUAUUUGUAUAUCCACACAGAAACUACAAAAAGAAUUUUGUAUGGAUUAUUUAGAUGUAAAAUGAUAAAGGAUGGCUUGCCCUAACACAGUCAUUAAUUAUACAAUACAGUGGAAUCCCAGUCACAUUAAAAUAGUCAUGCCAUCUGGAAGCCAGCCAGCCACCUCUUUACCCUUCUGGGAAGGGAGACAGUGUAAAGUGUAAUUUUGUCUAGCUGACUGAUGUAAACAUCCUGCUCUUGUGAUGAAAAGGAUCUACUCAGUUAUCCAGUCUGUCUCCCUGCCAACACAUGAUGUUCCCAAGUGUGUUGGUCAUUCUAAUUUCAAAUGACCCAAGUGGUGAAGUUUCCACAGCAUCCCUUGGCCAGCUGUUCUCAGCUGCCCCAUCUCAGCCUUAGAAAGUUUGCGGAUAUAUGCUAACUCUCUAAUGGGCUUUAUGGUCAGGGCUGUGGUGUUCUAUUUCAUCUGAAAGAGCACUGCCCUGGGGCACUGGCUCAGUGCAUGUUCAUUCAGUAAGGUCUGGGAGGGGAGGGCAGGGCUGGGAGAACCUUGGUGAGUAUGUGGUCCUUGGAGGAGUCCUCCUAGCCCUACUUUCAUCACAGUGUUCAGACUGAUGUGAAGCCAGGUGCUGGUUUCCCUGUGCAGUGUCCCUGUCUAGUGUGUCCUGCUGUGAAUGGGAAAAAGCAGCAGCAGCACAGGGGUGGGGUGGCUGUGUCUCAGAUGCUCAUCUGUGUGUGUUUUGGGGUAGAAGAGGUGGCUCUGAAUCUCCUGCAGCCCAGGGACAGGGUGGAAAUAGAAAUAAAGCCUUUGGUUGGGUUUAGGAAACACCCCUUGCUAGAUCCGGUUGUGCCCAGGUCAGUAGGUGUUUCCCAGGGAUCCACUGAAUGGUGAAUAUUCAGGUAUUGAAUUUCAUUUUAUUGUCACACUGGAGUCAGUGCAGAGUGAGGGACCAAUAGAUCUUCAUCCUGGGCUAUAAACAAUCCAGUUUUGUGCUACUGGAUUACUCGUUCCUCCCCGUGCCUUUCUGAAAUUCUUACAGCUCCGUGAUUAUUCCAGUUCUGUCGUUUCAUGGUUCUUGCAGUUCACAUGAUUAGUGGCAUCAAGUUUAAUUUUAUUGGCUUUGUCACAGAUUAAAUCUAGAGAAAUUUGAGCGAAAAAGUUGUAUUAGUACAGUCCGCUCCUGGGUGUCAAUGCAGAAUGCUUGCCUGUUGGAUGAAAUUCUGCCCUGUGCAGAUGGCCAGCAAUUGGGUGAGUUAAAUAGGAUUUUAAUGCUGCCAGCGCCUUAUUCUGGCCUGACUAUAGAUAAAUUGCACCAGUUUGGACAAUAUCUCCAAUAAACCAUGGCGUUUGUUUAUUUUUUUAAGCUGUUAA